GCAGUGUGUGGAGUUUGCCAUGAAAGCUCAGCCUUUGAGGUUGUACAUUCCGAGGAACUGUUACCAGUACAAGGUGUGGUACAUGGUCAACAGCACCGGCUUCGAGUACAUCAUGUUUGUGCUGAUCCUCCUGAACACCAUCGCCCUGGCCAUGCAGCACCACGGGCAGUCAGAUCCCUUCAACUUCGCCAUGGACCUCCUCAACAUGGUCUUCACCGGACUCUUCACCAUCGAGAUGUUGCUCAAGAUCAUCGCCUUCAAACCC